AUCUCGGUGGAGAGUAUAAAAAAGCCCUGAGUAUGUGGUAUUGGCCACAGAAUCUUGCGUGAUCAGUUUGUGAGAGAUCAUCUCUGAGGUGGUUCAUUUCCAAUUUCCACCAGAAUUGUGCGUGAUUUGGGGCAGAAAUUAAAGGAAGAUGAAUAAGGCCUAUUUGUACCAGAAGGCCAACAGCCUACAGCGUCGUGAUGCCAAGGAAGUUCUCGAGGAAUUUGGGCAUCUUAUGCAGUGGCACGUAGACAGGGAGGAAUCAAUUUUGGACGUUGGCUGUGGCAGUGGGGAUGUUCUUGUGGAUUACCUGCUUCCUGCCCUUCCGAAGACCUACUCCCGCGUUGUUGGUGCUGAUAUUUCUGAGCAAAUGGUGAGGUACGCACGAGACACCUAUGGCCAUCUUAAGCGUGUCUCCUUCACAACUCUCGACAUUGAGGGUGAAAUUCCACCGGAAAUGCCUCUCAGUGAACCCUUCAAUCACAUCACAUCCUUCUACUGCCUCCACUGGGUUCAGGAUCAGAAAUCUGCUGUGCAGAAUAUUUACAACCUCCUGGCAGAUGAUGGGGAUUGCCUGCUGGCCUUCCUGGCAAAUAUGCCCAUCUUUGAGAUUUACGAACAAAUGGCGCGAAGCAUAAAAUGGGCUCCCUACAUGAAGGAUGUUCACAAAUUUGUCUCACCGUACCAACAUUCAGAGAAACCAGCCGAGGAAUUUUGGGAUCUAAUGUACUCAGUUGGAUUUACAGAGAUUCGAAUAGAGCUCAAGGAUAAUUUCUUUGCCUACGAAGGAAUAGAUAUUCUCAAAAAAUCAGUAAGAGCGAUAAAUCCCUUCCUGGAGAGAAUCCCCGUCACAAUGCACGAGAGCUUCCUCAACGACUACGUGAGCUGGGUGGCGAGAAUGAGUCUCUUUGAAGGAGAGAAUCGCAUCAUCACACCGUACAAAUUGCUUGUGGCUUAUGGUAGAAAGUAGUGCAUGUGGUUGGGAUCACGUAAAAUGCGCGCGUGUCUUCACAAAAUACCUCAAAAAAAAACUUUUAAAAUAAAUAUUUUAUGAGAAAAUUAAA